UGACGCACGCCGCCCUCCUUCUGUCAGAGAUAGUGCCACGAACUCCGCCCCAGAAGGCGGUCUGAAAGACAUACUAGCAAGCCUGUGAUAACUUUUUUCACUGUGGGUAAACACACUUCUCUUGACGAAUAUGGAUACGGACUUGGAGGGCGCUGCGCUAGAGGAGCUCCACAAAGAGCUUACCUGUCCCGUAUGCCUGGACUUGUUCCGCGAGCCGGUUAUCCUAGAGUGCGGUCAUCACUUUUGUCGUGCUUGUAUAGGCAGGUGCUGGGAGGCAAAGUCUGAAGACGAAUCGACUUGCCCCCAGUGUCGCAAGACAUGCACCAAAACACUGAGACCGAACUCACUUCUUUGUAACGUCGUGGACAGUGUGCGCCGCGCAAGAGCAAUGGACGACGCGCGGCCGAAAGACCCUCAGCCCGUACGGAGGAGUCCAUCACCUGAGGCGUCCUCUGCCAGUUGCAGCUGUGAGGACUCCGAAACUAAAAGUGAUCCGGACAUGUGUGUUGAACACGAGGAGAAACUAAAGCUCUACUGUGAAGAUGACCAGGUGGCAAUCUGUCUUGUUUGCGGAAUGUCCCGGGACCACAAGACUCAUAACGUAAUUCCCAUCAACGAGGCUUUUGAAAAUUACAAGGAAAAACUGUGUCUUGCGCUUGAACGAGUCGGGGAACAGAGGAAGGACGCAGCUGCCUAUCAAUUCCAGACAAAUGACCGCAUCUUGCUCCUCAAGGAACGAGCUGGGGAACUCGAUCACCAGAUCAGCACUGAGUACCAGGAACUUCGUGACUUCCUGUCACGACAGGAAGAGGAAAUGAAAGCACGACUCAGACAAGCCAAAGAGCAGAAACUGGGGCAACUGAAUGACUUGCUCACCCAAACCACUGAGCAAAUGAGUGAACUGGAGCUUGCUGCCAAAACAAUACACACCAAACUCAACGAGGAAGACAACCCCAAAUUGCUUACAGGAGUUAAAUGUUUCAUUGAGAGUGCGGAGUGUGUGUUUGACAAGCCUCAGAGUGUGUGUGUGGAGCUGCAAGAGGGGGAAUUUGUAGGUCCACUGCAGUACCGAGCCUGGAAGAAACUGAACUCAGUCUUGAAGCCAGCGGUACAUACAGUGGUGUUGGACCCCUCCACCGCCUACCCCCGUCUCCACGUCUCUCCGUGUGGGCGGAGUGUGAGAGUGGGGGACAUCCAGUCAGGUCUGCCCAACAACCCUGAGCGCUUCACCCUCUACAACAUCGUGCUGGGCACGGAGCCCUUCACCGAGGGGCGCCACUACUGGGAGGUGGAGGUGGGGGCCAAGACAGCCUGGGGCCUGGGCGUGGCCGCAGCCUCGGUCAACCGCAAGGAGGAGAUCAGCUUGUGCCCGGAGGACGGCUUCUGGACGCUGGUGCUGAGCAACGGCAGCGAGUACGAGGCGUGCACCACCGCCGAGGAUUGCCCACUGAACCUCAGUCGCCACCCCGACUGCAUUGGCAUCUACCUGGACUACGACCGUGGCCUGGUGGCCUUCUAUGAUGCGGGAGAUAUGAGUCACCUGUUCACGUUCAGUGACGCGCAUUUCACUGAGCCGGUCUACCCCUACUUCAACCCCUGGCCCAUCAUCAACGGACGCAACUGGGAACCUCUCACCAUACGCACACCCCUGUUCUAGUGCCAUGUUGAAUAGAACCUCUCACCAUACGCACACCCCUGUUCUAGUGCCAUGUUGAAUAGAACCUCUCACCAUACGCACACCUCUGUUCUAUUGGGCUGCUGAGUAGAACCUCUCACCACACACACACACCUCUGUUCUAGUGGGCUGUCGCCAAGGUAGCUGAGUAGUUAAACCAUGGCAACCUGAGGAACAUAGAGUAUAUCCAACAUAUACAGUAACUGAAUGUACUGGUGUAACUCAAAAUGACUCUACGUGUAAGCUGGAUAGCCAAUAUGGUGUAGUAUGUGGCCACAGCGACGAGAGGUGAUUUUCUCGUGAUGAAAAAUGGUCUCAACUGUAGAUCAGGUAGUCACCACUUGUCCACCACGUGUUCUUGCAGCUGUCGUUGAUGCAGACACUGAUAUAUGAAGAUAUAACAUGCACAAUACUAACACAUUUGACUCUUUUUUUAGUGUGUUUGUGACUGAGGUGAAAUAAGCUGUUGGGUUUGAAAUAUAUACCUAUACAAUUAUAUAGUUAUAGUUAGUUGUAACUAAUAUUUGUCAUCUGCAGAUCCAGAUUAGUGUUAGGUGCUGGGAGAUGAUGCUGGGAGAGGCAGAUAAGAAUUAUAAACAUAAGUUUGAUCUUCUCUUCCACUGCCUACCACUGCUCCACAACACCCAAUGAACUUGAAGUCAGUGUUUAUUUCAGAAAUGUAUCUGAUCAUUGUAAAGCUCCUUAGACGGCGCCCAGAGCAGACAAACUGUCGGGGAGACAGGAUUUGCAGGUAGAUUAGAUACCUGUUUGUUGGAUUAACACUUGAGCAAGAAUUUUGUGAAACGUUUCUUGUUGUUGUUGUUUUUUUAAAAGAUAAGACAACCUCUUAUGGCAUACUCCUCUGUGGACAUUUAUGUUGAAGAUGGUCAUAUGUGUUGGGAGGCACAGGACACCCCCUGCAUGCCACAUUGAUGAUGCCAUUUUCGUCAUGUGCCUCAUGCGCAGGACUCAGACGCGGGAUUAUAUUUGAGCCCUGAGGUGGCUUGAACAGCCUUUAGAAACUCUGCCCUGUGUGGUCCACUAGAUGGUGCCAAAUAUGUGGACUGUGUUGCUCGGGAUUUAACAUCUUUAAAACGGGAUUCCAUCCCAGAAGUACCAGAUAUAAAAUCAGAAUAAACGUUUGCAAAGAUCAAGUGAUGCAGCAAUGUUUUCCCGAAUUUAAGUGACUAUCGUCUCUAAAACUGUUUGAUGAUGCCGACUCCCCUAAUCUGCCUUCCCAUGAUAUUGUGUUCCUCUACCUCACUUGUUCCAUUCCUUGGUAUUCUUUCCUCGCGUCAUCAAACUCACCAAACAAACUCAGGGCAUUAUGUUCCUUCCUAUCACCCUGUCUUUAUUUCCCCCCUUUCCGUCUCAUCUCUCCAUCUCUCCAUCUCUCCCUUCCCCUCCUCGCCCUAAUCUGUGUGUUGUGUGGGAUUAGAAAGUAAAUUGUUUUGAAUAUUAACUUCUAAUCCUUGGGAGACAGGCUGCCGUAGUGUCUAGCUAAACACUUCCAUCUCACGCAGGGCAAGAUGAGGAUACCCACUCAGCGCUG